AUGAUUAAAACAAUAUUUAUAAUAUUAUUGUUAUUUUAUCAUUUAACUUCCCAACAAUUAAUAUAUGGAAAGUCAUCCUCAUUACUUGAUUGCAAUAUUGAAUCCCAAAAAAAACAAUCUAUUUUAAAAUAUCUAUUACAAGAUUAUGAUAAAUCAUCAACACCAUCAAAUAAUUCAAAUCAAAAAGUUAUGGUACAAUCUGAAGUUACUAUACAAGAUAUUGGUUCAAUAAGUGAAAUAACAUCUUCUUUUAUUGUUGAUUUAUGGUUUUCACAAAUAUGGGAAGAUCCAAGAUUGCGUUAUUCUCAUUUAUCAUGCAAAUCAAAUAUCAGUCUUGAUGAAUCUGUAGCUAAUAAACUUUGGUCUCCUAAUAUAUGUUUUGUUAAUUCUAAAGAUACAUAUAUUCAUUCAUCUCCCGAAUCAAAUAUUCUUCUUAUUAUUUAUCCCAAUGGAACUGUGUGGCUUAACCAUAGAAUGCGUGUUCAUGGUCGUUGUAAUAUGAAAUUAGAAAAUUUUCCAUUAGAUACACAACAAUGUAAAUUGGUUAUGGAGUCAUGCUGUUACUCGAUAUCUGAUGUGCGAUUGACUUGGCAGUCAUGGAGUCCAGUUACUAUUGCAAAUUCAAGGUUUCAAUUACCAGAUUUUCGUUUUCUUUAUCUAAAUCACACAUCAUCAAUUCAUAAUACAGCAACUGGAUCAUGGGAUCAAUUAGAAUUAACUUUUACUUUUAAACGUCUAUACGGAUAUUAUAUAUUACAAGCAUAUUUACCAAGUUAUUUAUCAGUUUUUAUUUCAUGGAUUGCUUUUUGGAUUGAUUCAAAAGCCUUACCAGCACGAAUAAUUUUAGGUGUUAAUUCAUUAAUGGCAUUAACAUUUCAAAUGGGUAAUGUUGUAAAAAACUUACCAAGAGUAUCUUAUGUUAAAGCAAUUGAUUUAUGGUUUUUUGUUUGUGUUAUAUUUAUAUUUUGUUCUCUUUGUGAACUAGCUAUUGUUGGAGUAAUAGAUAACAUUCAUGAUAAGAAAUUGAAAAAAAAAUUAAAAUUAGAAAGAAAAUUAAGAGCAUUGGUUGUUGGGCAUUCUUCUGAUGGAGUUAUGGUAGCAUUAAGGGAAGGAAUGUCACAAAAAAGGCCUAGUGCAACGAGAACAAUGUAUACUCAUAAGUUGAUGGAAAAUACUGACCCAUGGCAUUUGUCUGACCAAUAUAAAGAUGGAUAUAUUGGUCAUAAAAUAGAUUUUUAUUGUGCGCGUGCUUUUCCAACUGUUUUUGGGGCAUUUAACAUAUUUUAUUGGACAUACUAUCUAACAAGAUCACAACAAAGUAUUGAUGAGACAAUGGCAAAAUAA